CGCAUCAAAAUGUGUAGGGAUAAAUCGCGCAACCUCCUCUAUCAUCUAUCUAGCUCACCUAGCACACGGAGGUAGUUAUGGUAAAAGUGCUGGUACUUCUGCUGCUCUACACCUCUGCAGCAAGAGCAGCCUUCAGGUUUGCCAACUACUAUGGCGACCACAUGGUACUGCAGCGGGCGCCGGCCCAAGCCAACAUCUGGGGGUACGUAGACGAAUGUGCGGCAGUUAAUAUCACCUUCAACUCUGCCACGAUCUCCGCUACCGUGACACCAGACGGUGGAACGGAAUGUCGCUGGAUAGCCACACUCCCUGCAACCGACGCUGUCACUCCAUUCACCAUAACAGCCACGUCAUUGCAGGGUACCAUCACACUGGCCGAUGUACUGUUUGGUGACGUGUGGGUCUGCAGUGGUCAGAGCAACAUGCAGUUUACCGUUCCUCAGGCAUUCAAUGCCAGUGAGGAGGAGGCACUGGCUGACAAGUACCCAAACAUCAGACUCUUCACGGCAGCUCUCAUGGCAUCUGACACUCCAGUCGAGGAGCUGUUGGCAGUCGAGCAGCCAUGGAGUGUGGCCAGUGCUAAGACAGUUGGAGGAGGUAACUGGACCUAUUUCUCUGCCAGCUGCUGGUUCUAUGGGAGGAAUAUCUAUGAUGUCGUCCAGUACCCAAUUGGUCUGGUGGACACUGAUUGGGGGGGCACACCCGUGGAGGCGUGGUCUUCUCCUGACGCUCUAGCAAAAUGUGGAAAAUACACAUCCUCCAGGAAGGCAGAUGGGAAGGCCCCAUCUCCUGACCAGCCAUCAGUCCUGUGGAACGCCAUGAUCUACCCUCUCCUCAACAUGACCAUCAAGGGAGCUGUUUGGUACCAGGGAGAGGCCAACGCUGGUGAUCCCUCAACCUACAACUGCACGUUCCCUGCGAUGAUUGAUGACUGGAGAGGCAAGUGGAAGAAUGCCAGUCAACACACCUCCUCUCUCUUUCCCUUCGGCUUCGUCCAGUUGGCUGCCUAUGGCUCCGACAACAGUUCCUCAUUUUCUCCUGGUUUCCCAGUCAUCCGCUGGGCUCAGACAGCAGACUAUGGCUUCGUCCCCAACCCUCGUCUCCGGGCGGUGUUCAUGGCGGUUGCCAUGGAUCUUGGAGACCCCUCCUCCCCGUUUGGCUCCAUCCAUCCUCGAGAUAAACAAGAUGUAGGUCUCCGACUGGCUCUGGCCGGACGUGCCAUCGCCUACGGAGACUCUGAGGUGUACUUCACUGGACCUCUUGCUACCACUGCAACUAUGAGGUAUACCUCACCAUCCAAACAUUCACAAUCUUAUUGCAACUUGUCACAAAAAAGUUUCCAAAUAUUGUCUUCCCCUCUCCCCUCUCUCCUCCUUUCUCAAGUACUGACAUGCAGGAGGUGGUGGUAGAGUACACCAGUCUGGCGGGGUCAGAGGUCGAGCUCCGAUACUCCUAUGGUUUCGAGUUGGGCUGCAGCGAUGCAACCUGGCUGGAUGCCACGGCAACCGCAGCCGACAGUAACAAAGUGAUGGUGGGCGUGCCUGCCUGUGCCGCGGGUGCCAUGCCAACAGCCCUGCGGUACUGCUGGAGAAGUGACCCUUGCUCCUUCAAGUUGUGUCCCGUCUACAGCGGUGACCUCCCCUCCCCUCCCUUCCAGAUGAACCUGACGUGAUGAACCUCUGUUCUCUUACAUAACACCUCUUGUCACCCUUAUAUACCCCAUUUUGACCUUUUACCCUCGUAAUUAUUUGUGAUGUCACUCCCCAAAACCUUUUGAGUGUGUUAGACAAUGAUGUGCCAUUUUCAACGUAAAAAUAGUUGCGUGCUUUCUCAUCUUACGCUCAUUUACAGUCAGUAUGGACUUACAGUCAGUAUGGACUUACAAUCAGUAUGGACUUACAGUCAGUAUGGACUUACAGUCAGUAUGGACUUACAGUGCCGUACAAAACACACAUGUUUGUGUUUGUGAAUCAGAAUG